GCGUAGCGCGGGCGGUGCCUCGGCCGCAUUUUCAGCUGCUUGAGCCAAGGAAGCUUCUCUUCGACUCCUCCCUACCACCAUUAUUAUGUCUUCUGAAGAAGGAAAGCUGUUUGUUGGGGGGCUGAAUUUUGACACUGAUGAGCAAGGCCUGGAGCAGCAUUUCAGCUCUUUUGGACCCAUUUCUGAAGUUGUUGUGAUCAAGGAUAAAGAGACCCAGAGAUCAAGGGGCUUUGGCUUUAUCACCUUUGCCAAUCCUGAGCACGCAUCAGAUGCCAUGAGAGCCAUGAAUGGAGAGUCUGUAGAUGGGCGCCAGAUAAGAGUUGAUCAUGCAGGGAAGUCUUCCCGUGGAUCUAGAGGUGGCUACUUUGGAGGCAGGGGGCGAGGCCGUGGUUAUUCCAGAGGUGGUGGAGACAGAAGCUAUGGUGGGCGAUACGACAACAGAAGUGGAGGCUACAGCGGUUCCCGGGACUACGGCAGAAGUCAGGGAGGUUAUAACGAUCGCUACUCUUCAGGAGGCUCUUACAGAGACAACUAUGACAACUGAGCUCACACCGAGUAAAAAUCCUUCCUGAAUCAAGAUCGUCCUUCCAAUGGCCGUAUUUAUAAAGAUUUUUGGAGCUUCGCUGAAUCUUGUUUAGUUACCUACUUGUAUCUUCCCCCAUAUAGCUUUUGUCACAUGCAGCCCGAAAGCUUCCUCUACAAGAUGGCCUGUUUAGACUUUGCUCAAGAGUUGGUUUUUUCAAGAGUGGUUUUUAAGCAUUUUUGAAAUCGGUUUUAUUUGUCUUGCUUUCUCAAUCCAAGGUUUCUUUUAACGUGACACAUGGGGCCCUACAACUUUAAACAGCUGGAAGCUGAGCAAACCUUUUUUGAAAUAGUGCAGUGCAAGAGUUCAACUCCUAGCAUAGUAAGGGAGGGCAACAAAUGCAAACCACCUUGGUAUUAGUAAAAGAAUUAAAUGAUUCACGCUGGUUUAGUAAAAAGCUAUUUUACUGUACAAAGUAAAUCCAGAAAUCAAAACUGAACGCUUUGAGAGGUUCUUGAAAAUGUUUGUUUAUAUUGUCCUUUUUUUACUGGAAGAAACGUGCAUAAUUCAAUUGACAUUGUAUUUGAAGUGGAUAAGGAAGUUCCUGUACUGAGUUUUUGGCUUUACGAAGCCCAUUAAAAUCCCAUCUGAAACAA